AUGUCAUUCAUCCGUUUACUAUUUUUGUUUUUCAGCUUAGUAACAGUAUACAACGCUUAUUGGAUAUGUCCACUGGGUUAUCUAGUUGCAACUGAUGGUUCUUGUUAUAAAGUUUAUGAAGGUGCUGUUUUUCGAAAUGAAGCUUUCAUGAGGUGCAAAAGAGAUGGAGCUCAUUUACCUUUUGUAAGAACUCUCUCUAUUAACUUAUUCCUUCGAUCGAAGAUACCUCCAGAACAGAAGGUUUGGUUAGGAGUAACUUGUGUCUCUGAUAAUGCUUGGAAUUGUAAAUAUGACGAUGGGAAAAGAUUAGAAUACCAUAGUUUUACCAAUGACAACCUAACUAUCACUACAUCUUCUAAUGUCUAUAUAAAGGACGGAGAGUGGAUUGUUUCGGAUGGGAUAAAUGAUAAAGCAUCGUAUAUCUGCCAGUGGAUUCCUAAUGAUGAUGGUUGUCCGGAAGACUUCCGGGGAUUCCGAGACAAGUGCUAUUUGGUAGUGCCGCAGCGUUUAGUCAUACAAGAUGCGAGAACUUACUGCUCAUCUUUCAAUGCCAGUUUAGCAACAAUAUCUUCCGAGACUGAGAACGCUUUCAUUGCGGCUUUGCUAAGUAAAAUGAGCCUGUCCGAAUUCGCUUACAUUGGUGCUCUGGUGGGCAAUGCUUCUGUCAACAGUUUCCGUUGGGACGAUGCAAGCGUGCCUUCCUAUUUGAAUUUCGGUUAUUUCAAUACGCUACUUGGUAAUUGUGUAAUCAUUUCCACUCUGUCAACAUCAAAAAACAUUGUCGGACAAGGAAAAUGGAUCACUGCCAGUUGUGACAAUGUUUAUUCAGCAAUCUGCAGUACAAAUAGAACAAGUAUUGAAGAAAGUACAGAUCGACCGGAUGUUUGCUUGGAACCUAUUGUUCUUACCUCUUCUAAUGGACAGCAGGUAUCAUCUCCUGGCUAUCCAGACUUCAGUCCUCCCAACGAAUGUCAUUAUAUAUUAACAACUGAUGAGAACAAUCAGUUGCAGAUCGACUUACAAACUUUUAAAAUUCAAGGUUAUGCUUAUCAAGAUAAUCCAAUAUCUCAACUAAUUAUAAAAGACGAUUAUCUACAACCCAAACAAUUGGUGACAUUCGAUAGCAAUCAGACAUCCUACUCAAUACAAUCAAAAAAGAACUCCAUGCAUAUUAUAUACAAAUCUUUUACCAACAAGGAAUCUCAAUUCACAUUGAAUUAUAAAGUCAAGUCGAUGUGGAAUUUAUGUCCAUGCUCAGCUUAUAAUUCAUUUCUCCUCUUCAUACUAUUUUAUGUAUUUUCUUUUUAA